AUUGGAAUGCUGUAUUACCAAAAGUUUCUUCACCAAAACGACUUUGCUUCUUCGAAAAUUAUAUCGUUACUGUAUUGUAGUUUUUAAACGCAACUUUCUCGGGAUUGGGAGGAAAAUAAGCUGAAGCUUGACUGGGCUCGGUAGAAAAAAUCUUCCAUAUUAUCAGAGUUUCUGUGAUGAUGGAUAGAGGCCUUGAGAAACCUUCGAAAAUUAUAUCGUUAUGAUUUUUCAUUGGCUUCUAUGAAAAUUCAUGGGAAACGUGUUGUUCGCUCCUGAGAUCCCAGGAAGCGCCGGGACGGAAGUUUACGAGAAACCCGCGACAGCUCGAUUGCCACUGCGAUGUCGAUACGUGGAUCACUGCGACGAAUUACACGACAAUCCUGAUGAAGAUGUAACGCCCAACACGAUCGCGGAUAUCACCCGAGUGCGGUCGGCACUUUCAAACGAUUACGGAAAAGGACUGACGGCUUCGCAGUUCGUAAAUGAAAUUGUAAAAAGCCUGCCACGAUACUUUCACGGCGAUCCCUCGUACAUGGCCGUCUUACUGCUGAAGCUGAUUCAGCGGGAAAGCGGUGAUGUGGAAAUUAUCAAUUUCGAUGACCUUAUCGAACUGGCUGAUUUAAUGGAGAGCUGCAACACGCCCGACGAUCGUCUCGCAUUCGCCCUUUAUGUCAUCAGCAGUUGUAACCCGAAGGAUAUUCUUGAACAGUGA